AUGACCCGCGCGGAGAGGCACGCGGCCGGGAUGGAGAGAGCGAUGAAGGAGCUCGAGAGGGUCGCCGCGCACAACCCCGAGCUGAGGGACGCCCUCGCCUUGAUCCGCAGGGGACCCGACGGCGCAAUCACCGUCGGAUCGCUGCGCCGAGCCGAGGCGGCGCUCCGCGAGAGGUACGCCGCCGCCGCCGAACGGAAGAAAGCGGAGGCUGAGGCGGAGCGACGCGCGAAGGAAGACGAGGCGGAGAUCGAACGGCUCAAGGCGGAGCUCGCUUCUGGGAGCCCGGGGAGUGCCGCGUCCACGCCCAGGCGAAUGAAUCCCCCGGAGCCGAGCAAGCGCACGGCGUGGUCGUCGCCCGCGAACCCGUUUCCCGCGGACGCGACGAUAUCGCCGGCGCCAACCACCCCGGGCGACGCGCCGAGCCCGAGCCCGGUGAAGAAACCGAGCCCGAGCCCGGCGAAACCCCCGUGGAACCCGACGAUUCGGGUAGACGCGCCGGGGUCACCGGCUGGGGCCAAAUCCCCCAAAUCCCCGUCCGGAGGCGGAGGAGGAAGGGGCGCCAAAUCCCCGGGCGGAGCGGCGGCGCCCGUCGCGUCGUCCCCGAGGACCAUCGCGUCGUACGUCGAGCGUCACGCGCUUCACGCGAGGCGCGCGUUCGAGCUCCUCGCGGGGGCGCGGGGGGGCACGGACGCGGACACCGUCGCGAGUUUCCUUCGACGCUUUUGCGGAGAGCGAGACGCGCCGGCGGCGGAACUCGCCGCCGUCCACGCGAACCUUCGAACCCGCCCGUCCGCCGAUAACGUCACGUUCUCGGACCUGACGGACGUUUUGGGGUUCGAGACGGACGCGUCGUCCCCCGCGCCGCGCGCCAAGACGAGCAUCGCCAAAGCCGCGGCGGACCAUUACCCGUACGAGAUUGACCCGCCGCCGCCGCCGCCGUUUUCACCGGCUCGAUCCGACGCGUCAUCCGCCGCCGCCGCCGUUCGAAGAUCCGCCGACCUCGGGCACCGCGUCACGUUCGCGGACCCGCCGGACUCGCCCGGGGUGGUGUACCCGCCCCCGCCGGAGGAUCCCGCCAAGCCGAGCGCGCCCCCGUCACCUUUGAACCAACCAAAGUCACCUUUGAACCAACCAAAGUCGGAUCAACCCCCCGAGCCCGCGGAUCCCGCCGCGCCGAGCGCCCCGCCCGCCCCCGCGGACGCCGUCUCGCACACCAGCUACGACGCGUACGACGCCGAGGCUGCCGCGGCGGCGAUGAGCGCCGCGCGGGAGGCGCUCGACGCGGCGGCGCUCGCGGCGGCGGCGCUUCCGCCCGCGGUGGGUCCGCCGCCGCCGGUGCCGGUGCCCCCGCGGCCGGACGUGACCGCCGCGGCCGAGCGGGCCAUACUGGAGAGGGCCGCCGCGUACCAGAGGGCGAUGAGCGAGGAGGCGUCGUCGCCGCUCGCGCCCGGGUCCGCGGGGUCGAUAUCGUCGACGGCUGCCGCGCGGCGUAACCCGAGGCUGGACGAGUGGACCGCCGAGGUUGCGCGCGAGAGGCGCGAAGUCGAGCGGAAGAUGCUGCUGAGGGAGAGCGAGCGCGCUGCGAGGGCCGCGUUGGAGGACCAGUGGAGCGCGUUCCUCGAGAGAGACGUCGAGCCGAGCGACGAGUUCCUGGCGAAACUCGCCAGGCAGCACCGCGAGCGAGCGAACGAGGUGGAGCGGCUCAAGUCCGACGCCGCGGUGACCGCCGAGCGGCUUCGAAAGGAACUGGACGAGGCCAAGGCGCGGGACGAGGUUAAGCGCGAGCUGCUGGGCAGGUUGCACGACAAGGCGAGCGAGAUGGCCAAGGCGGACGCGGACGCGAGGGAGACGGAGGCGGAGGCGCGGCGGGUGAAGGAAUCGCUCCCGCCGGUGGCGAAGGUUGUGUCGACGCGGUUCGAGGACUGGCGCUCUCCCGGAGACUCCGUCGCCGCCCCGGCUCUCGGCGAGCUGAGCGCCGCCAUCACCCGCGACUUGGACGGCGCCGUCGCGAGGGUCGUUCGCGCCGUGUCGGGCGGCGACGCUUCGUCUUCCGCGCGGGUUGGCGAGUCGUUUUACGUCGCGCCGCCGCCGUUCAAGUCGGGACCGUACACCCUGGUCGCCCCGCCCGUCGCUCCCGUGCACGUCCCGCCGACGCCGAAGGAACCGGAGAUGACUCAGCAGCAGCGGGCGAUGUUCGAGCAGCAGCUGCAGCUCAACGCGAUGCUGCGGCGGCAGCACGCGCACCUGACCCAGCAGCUGAAGAUGAGGGAGGCUGAGGAGGCGACAUCACAUGGGUGGCCGUCCAUUCGGGAGGAGCCGGCGUCCACUCGGGAGCCGCCGUCCACGCCUCCGCCGCCCGCGGAGAAGAUGCGGACCGUGCCGCCCCAGUGGCAGUCGCCCUCGGGGGAGCCCGCUCCGCCCGGGGUGUCGCCUCCCCCUCCUCCCGCCGCGCCGUCCGUGCCCGCCAAAACCUCGCCGCUCCCCGCGCCCCCGCCGGCAUCGGAGCCGAGCGUGCCGCCGCCGCGGUGGGACUCGACCGCCGUGCCGCUCCCCGCGUUUCCCGCGCCCGCGGUCCCGGAUCUGAGCCAGCCGAGGUGGACGGGCCCGGCGCCGCCGCUGUGGCGACCCGAGGAGCGAGCGCCGGGGUUCGGGGAGCCCCGGGGGCAGAUGCUGACGGGGAACACGCCGAGGGAUUACGUGUCAGACGUGGUGGAGAACGCGUACAGGUCCACGCUGGAACAGCAGCGCGCAGUCUUUGGCAAGAGGUGA